UUGUUCCGUUGUUCCGUCUCUCUCUUGUAUUCUGCGGUUGAGGGGAUUUCUCGGCCAAAUUUCUCCAUAAAAAGUCAUGGCCGAAACCCCACCUCAUCCACCCGUAUCGGAGCCGCAGCAGCAGCCUCCUUCACAAUACUGGUGCCACCACUGCGACAAGCGAGUCUCCGUCGAAACCCUAACCAACAUAACCGAACUGAUCUGCUGCGACUGCAAGACUGGCUUCGUCGAGUUGAUGACUGCCGCGUCCGCCCCUACAACGUCGCCUCCAACACCUCCGGCUAAUCUUCACAGCCAAGAUCCCUCUUUUAGCCUACAAUUCCUUCAGGUCUUGCGGUUAAUCGCUCAAUCUGCGCGUGACGAAGACGCGCCGCCUCCUCCUCUUCCUCAGCCUCCGGAUUCUGCCUCAGAUACGCCUCCCCCGCCCCAAGGUGAGGGCUACCUUCGGAUUGAGCUCGAUGGAUGGGAUAAUGACAAUGACGAUGAAGAUGACGACGAUGACGAACUUGAAUUCAGUAACAUCGAUGCAGAUCGAUCUGAUGAUGAUGAAAUUGAGGAUGAAGAAGACGAUCCCGAUCGGGAGGAAAAUGAGGGAGAUCGCCGUAGAAGGCGCCGAGACAUCCUUCGGCUCCGCAUCAGGGAUUUCGCCUCUCGCGCUACGAUCGGAGAGAACCGGAACCGGAUCUUGGACUGGUCCGAGAUCCUGAUGGGGUUGGAAGACAACUCGAUUGAAUUGCGAAUGGGAAUGCCUGAAUUGGACGGUUAUAUAGGGAAUCCUGAGGAUUAUGUAGAUGCUGCGGGUUACGAGGCGUUGUUGCAGAACCUGGCGGAGAGCGAUGGUGGAGUGAGGAGAGGAGCGCCACCUGCAGCGAGAUUUGCAGUGUCGGCGUUAGAGACUCUGGAAAUCACGCUGGAGGAGGAGGUUUUUGUGUGUGCGAUCUGUAAGGAAUCCGUGCCAGUGGGUGGAACCGCGAAGAAAUUGCCGUGUGGGCAUGGGUACCAUGGGGACUGUAUUGUGCCAUGGUUAGGGUCGAGGAAUUCUUGCCCUGUUUGCAGAUUUGAGCUGCCGACGGACGAUUCCGAGUAUGAGGAGGAGAGAAAGAAGAGAUCGACGGACACUGCCGCUGUUGGACCAUCAGGUUCCGGUAGCAAUAAUACCGAAUCUGGUUAAUGGGUACCGUAUGUUUGCAAUAUCUCCGGUUCGCUCCCUCUCUCUCUCUCUCUCUCUUUCUCUCCCCUGUAGUUUUUGUGUGGAUGAACGUAGAGAUCCAGAAACCAUAUGUUUGCUUUUCUUUAUUGCAGUGUAAAUAUUUCCACUUCAAAUCUUGAUUCCCCUGUUUUGAUAAUAAUUCUUGUAGGAAGAACCCUCUGUGAA